AUAUAAUAUGCAAAUCGAGUAACUUUUCCAAAUCAGGGAACUCAUAUAAAAGAUGGGAACCAGAGAUCACUAGACGAUAAGAAAUAUCAAAUAUGUCGAUAGAUAUGGUUCAUAACUGUUGCAGCAAACAGAAGGUGAAGAGAGGACUAUGGUCUCCUGAAGAAGAUGAGAAGCUAAUGAAUCACAUACACCACUCUGGCCAUGGUUCCUGGAGCUCUAUACCAAAGAUAGCAGGUUUGGAGAGGUGUGGGAAGAGUUGCAGGUUAAGGUGGAUAAACUACUUGAGGCCAGAUCUGAAGAGGGGUUCAUUUUCUGAGCAAGAAGAGAGAAUCAUUAUAGAUGUUCAUAGGGUUUUAGGCAACAGAUGGGCUCAGAUAGCCAAGCAAAUGCCAGGAAGAACAGACAAUGAGGUCAAGAAUUUCUGGAACUCAUGCAUCAAGAAGAAACUCAUUUCUCAAGGUUUGGAUCCCAACACUCAUAAUCGUAUCAUCCCAGCUGCUUCUGAUAAUUCCAAAAGUAACCAUGACAGUAGCUCAUUGGAUGAAAGCUCAUCUAGCACACUACCAACAACCUAUUUAUUCCCAAACCCUAAUAUGGCUUGGACUGAUCUUUUCCAAGACCAAUAUCCAAGAGGAAGCCUACCCUCAGUGGAAAACUCUGAAAUCCCGAUUAUCCCAUCUUUUUCUCAUCACUACUAUCCAUCCGAGCUCGAUAUUAUAAUCGAAAACUGCAAAAAAUGGGGGACUGGUGGUAGCUCUGGAUCCGACACUACUGCCGAACACACAAAGAUGGAAUGCUUGUCGAUGAAACCAGAACCGGUGGAUGAGAGCUGUGAAGUGCAAACUGAAAAGGACAGUUGUAAUACUGUGUUGAAUUAUAAUGGUCGGCAGACUAGUAUGGAUGCUAGUUCAUUUGGGAGCUGUAAUUUGUUGGAUUUUGACUUUGUGGAGUCUACACUAGUGCCUUGUGAAAUGGAUUACCAUCUGAGGCCAAUAAUGGAUCAAGUUGCAUGGCAUCGUAAUUAGCUAGCUAGCAGUCGCAGCACUCAUCAUUAAUAUUUGUUUUUCUUUUGGUCUUUGGCAUCUGAUUUUUGUAAUUUGAGAUCGACUAUCCUCCAAAAUAUUAGCUCUAGAGAGCAUGUUAUAUAUAUAGUGAUUAAUUAUGAUAUGUACAAAUUAAUUAGACUGUUUAAACAAUAUUCGAAGAUCGUGUAUAAUAUAAUUGUGUCAUAAAAUUAGAAAUGUACUGUACAAAUAUUUUUGGUUGUUAGUGUCAAGAAGAUAAAAUAAAAUUUACUCCAGUUUACAGUUAUUUUG